UGGAGCUUUCCGGUCGGGCGGGAGGAGGUGACGUCAGGAGCGGUGGCGGGUGGGGGCCUCUGGUAGCCCUGGGGACGCUGUAUCUGUGGGCUCUUGAAUCGCGUCACAAAUCAGCGACCGAACUCUGGCGGCGGUGGCUGAGACGGCGAAGGCGGCAGCGGCGGCGACAGCUCUGGGGUUUGCGUCUCGGGGUGUGUCGGCCGCCGCUGCUGCUCGGGCCUGGUAUGUACAGAUGGCUGGUUAGGAUUCUCGGCACCAUUUUCCGUUUCUGCGACCGGUCGGUGCCCCCUGCCCGGGCCCUCCUGAAGAGGCGGCGCUCAGACAGCACUCUGUUUUCUACAGUGGACACCGAUGAAAUACCAGCCAAAAGACCAAGAUUAGAUUGCUUUAUUCACCAAGUGAAAAACAGUCUCUACAAUGCUGCCAGCUUAUUUGGAUUCCCAUUCCAGCUGACCACAAAGCCCAUGGUAACUUCUGCUUGUAAUGGAACACGGAAUGUGGCCCCUUCAGGAGAGGUAUUUUCGAACUCUUCAUCUUGUGAACUGACAGGUUCUGGAUCCUGGAACAACAUGCUGAAACUGGGUAAUAAAUCUCCUAAUGGAAUAAGUGACUAUCCAAAGAUCAGAGUGACAGUAACCCGAGAUCAGCCACGCAGAGUCCUGCCUUCCUUUGGUUUUACUUUGAACUCAGAAGGCUAUAAUAGAAGACCAGGUGGCCGUCGCCAUAGCAAAGGUAAUCCAGAGAGUUCUUUAAUGUGGAAACCUCAGGAACAGGCUGUAACAGAGAUGAUUUCUGAAGAGAGUGGCAAGGGUCUGAGGCGUCCCCAUUGUACUGUGGAGGAGGGUGUUCAAAAAGAGGAAAGAGAGAAGUACCGAAAGUUAUUGGAACGACUUAAAGAAAGUGGUCAUGGAAACUCUGUCUGUCCUGUAACUUCAAAUUAUCACAGUUCUCAAAGAAGUCAGAUGGACACACUAAAGACCAAAGGCUGGGGGGAAGAGCAAAAUCACGGAGUCAAAACAACUCAGUUUGUUCCAAAACAAUAUAGACUUGUUGAAACAAGGGGACCUCUAUGUUCAUUGAGAAGUGAAAAGAGGUGUUCAAAGGGGAAAAUUACUGAUACAGAGAAGAUGGUUGGAAUCAGAUUUGAAAAUGAAAGUAGGAGGGGAUACCAACUGGAGCCUGACCUAUCAGAAGAAGUGUCGGCCCGACUCCGCCUGGGCAGUGGAAGCAAUGGCUUACUCAGGAGGAAAGUGUCAAUAAUUGAGACAAAGGAAAAGAAUUGCUCAGGCAAAGAGAGGGACAGAAGAACGGACGAUCUCCUUGAACUUACAGAGGACAUGGAAAAGGAAAUCAGUAAUGCCCUAGGCCAUGGCCCACAGGAUGAAAUCCUAAGUAGUGCUUUCAAAUUGCGAAUUACUCGAGGAGAUAUUCAGACAUUAAAGAACUAUCACUGGCUCAAUGAUGAAGUCAUUAAUUUUUACAUGAAUCUUCUGGUGGAAAGAAAUAAAAAGCAAGGCUAUCCAGCACUUCAUGUAUUCAGUACUUUCUUCUAUCCUAAAUUAAAGUCUGGAGGUUACCAAGCAGUGAAACGAUGGACCAAAGGGGUAAAUCUCUUUGAACAAGAAAUUAUUCUGGUGCCUAUUCAUCGGAAGGUACAUUGGAGCCUGGUGGUGAUUGACCUAAGAAAAAAGUGUCUUAAAUAUCUGGAUUCUAUGGGACAAAAGGGCCACAGGAUCUGUGAGAUUCUCCUUCAGUAUUUACAGGAUGAAAGUAAGACCAAAAGAAAUAUUGAUCUGAAUCUUUUAGAGUGGACCCAUUACAGCAUGAAACCACAUGAGAUUCCUCAACAGUUGAAUGGGAGUGAUUGUGGAAUGUUUACUUGUAAAUAUGCAGAUUAUAUUUCUAGGGACAAACCUAUCACAUUUACUCAGCACCAGAUGCCUCUCUUCCGAAAGAAGAUGGUGUGGGAAAUCCUUCAUCAGCAGUUGCUGUGAGAAAACUUUGCCUGGUCCCUCUAGCUGCUGGUGGUUCUUUCACAGACAUUUCCAUAUACCUCAUGCAUUGUGGGUUAAAAAGUCCCUGCAUCACUUCUGUUCUCACAGGUACUGAGCUGUCAAAAGUGCAUGAAGGCCUCUCACUGUACUCUAGUCCUGACUUGGGGUGCAGAGGGCUGCUUGCAAUCCUGUUUGUAAGGCUGUGCCUGCUCAGAGCUUUGGACUGUUCAACCCACACAAGAACAAACGCUAACUAAUAUAUUUUUUAAGAGAUUCUUUUCCCUAUGAAUGUGGGAAAUGCAGGAUUUAUUCUGUGAAUUGUUUGUUUUCUGUGUGUUUGUUCAGCAUAUUCAUUCACUCACUCGUUUGCAAACAUAAUGGGCAGUGGUCAUUUACUGCUGCUCUUUUACAGUUAGCUCUAAAUUACUUGUUUGAACUAUUUAUUUCUGAAAGGAAUGUUACUCAAGCUGCCACUCCCUGCUGAAGAGCAGGAGGGAACUCUCACUGGGGGCGGAAGGAAGUGGAGCUGGAGCAGUAACUGCCAACGUGAAGCUGGAGGGUUUGGGAUUUGUUUUGUUUUGUUUUUGUUUUUGUUUUUUUGAGGCUCAAAAAAUGCUGGGAGAAAUGCAAAUGCUGUGGGAUAGGGCUCCCGUUGCCUUUCAGAGGAAGUCUGACACUACAGCGCUAGCACAGUGCCCUGAACAGUGGAACUGUGCCCAAGGGACUCUGACUAUGCAAGCAUCUUCUGAAGAGUGUCGUGGUCACCUUAAAGAGACUUCCCUUUCUGGAAAUGUGGUGACUUGGCUUAGUCUUCAAACUGGAUUCAUGGAUUUGAAGUAACUGUAAACCCUAAAUCUUCAUUUUCAUCCCAGAUCUGGUUGAGUAUAAACCUCAGAAUUUUAGGGGCUGGCCUGAGCUGUUUAUUUCAAAAGAUACUAUUCAAUCUAAAGCUAUUUUUCCUCAGAGUUUUUCUUUUCUAUAAAUUAAGUCUAAAUUAAGUUUUCUACUCAUUUAAGACUAACAUCUCCCCACUCCAUCCCCACUGAAAUUUGUGGAAGAAAAUUUAGUACUUGGCUCUGAGGUUGCCAGUUAUACAAUAAUCUAUUUUGCAUAUGAAAGUUUGUAUUUAACUUUUUUGUUCAUUAAAAACCUUACUGAUGUGGUUAUAAUUUCAGACAGUUUAGAGUUGGUCAGGACAUAUUUUGCAAGAUCUAGUGCCUAGUGUUGCUUUUCUGAUGUAAUAAAAGGUUGUCUGGCAGAACCUAAAAAA